UGCAAGGUGUGAACUCGAACCUGAGUGAAGGAUUACCCAUCGGAGACGCCCCACCCAUGGUAGGGUUGCCCAAACCUAUAAAUGGGGAGUGUCAGAGUCCGUCGCCACUCACGGCGGAAUCUGCCUUGCAGUUGUGUCGUGAAGUCGAGCUUGGAAGUGGUCACUCCUGGGAGCCCUCAGAAUGAAGUUGCCGAGAGUUGGAUUGUUCCUACUUCUUCUGUUCGUCACUCAUUGUCUCCUGGCCGAUGCCCGCGACGAACAGAGGGGCAAGAGUGGGAGAAGUAAAGGGCGCAGCCAAAGCAAAUCGCGAGGCAGGGAGACACACGAGAAGGCAGGACCAGCUCAAGCAAAAGUGCAAAAGCAGUCGAGGGGAAAGGGAUUCGGCCCCAAAGAAGGUAAAGUGGUCGGUAAGAACAAGGAGGAAUGCAGGUGGACAUUGAGGGGAGAUGAGGGCGGCGACAGGAACCUGCGCUUGGCAUGCAAAGCUGGGCAUGACGUCUACUGGUGUGAGUUCACUGGGAACCCAGUGGCCUGCCAAAAGUACGCAAGCAAUGAGAAAACCUACUGGAAACAAGUAAUCAGAGCACUGAAGAAGGUGGACUGCAGCGACCCGUCGUCGGUGCUGAAAGCAAGUUUGUGCAAGAAAACGAAGUCAGCUCAUAUGAAAAUGACCCGCUCCAGCUUGCUGCCGGCUGCCGCUGGGGAGGAGAAGGACUCGAAAGAAUCGGUCCCGUUCGCCACCGAUAGCUCCGAGGGCCCCGACAUUAACAAAAUAGCCGCUGAGCAUUGUAGCGAAACUUGGGGAUCCCUCUGUAAGUUCAUGCUGUCCGCUUUCCAAGGAUGAGGCAAAAGGGACUGUAAUGAUUUGUUUCCGCGCUGCUGUGUAUUUUCACCUACUUUGGGACUACUAUUUGUAUAGUUGAGAAAUUGUAUCAAAGUUCCACAAUUUAUAAAUAAGCCACUAAGACACGAAAGUGUUUCUAAUUUAUUAACAUGUCUUCGAAGCACAUUAUCUAGCGUUAAGCUCUUGUGUACCUGUCGCAGUCCAUGCCCCGGUCCCAGGUAAAACGCGGUGUCGCGGGACUGCCUGGCCAUUCAAAUCACAAACUUUCUUGCUUUCCGCUUUCAAACCAAUACAUAACAUAUUAAGGUCUGAAAUGCUUUUCCAGAGAACACGGUCAAUUUCAACCGUCUUUUUUUUAAUUUCACCCUUGCUUUGCUUAAUGCCAGUAAAGGAAUGUGGUAUUCCAACUAACACCACAGCAUCUAGUUCGCCACCCACUUGGAACGAUCUGGCCACUAUCACGUAGAUAACGAGCGCGCCUUGUGAAUAAAACUGUUUAUAUAUAUACUAAAACUGUUAAUAAACAAUUGAAACACUA